AUGGAAAGCCUACCCGCCGUCAUCAGCCAACUGGGCAUAACUGUGGAUACUCUAAAGUCUCUUCAUGAUGAGCUAGAGAAAACGGUCGACGACUCAAAGUCAGGGAGCGUGAAAGCCGAUGUCUUGCUUCGCAUGUCACAGCAGUUACAGAAGGUUGGCCUGCAGAAAGUCGGCGUGGUAUUAUUGGAGAAGGCCGUCAGUCUGUGUGGAGAAGAUGAUAACCUUCGUGCUCGGGUCAUAUUUGAGAAAGAAAACCAGGAUAAACAGGUAUUGAUCAUGAACCAGUUGCAUUCCCCAUUCUCAAGCAUCCCAGCGGAGCCUCUCCGCCUAAUAUGCGAGCAGCUCGGGCGUGGAUCAUCAUCCGUUUUCGCGGUCUCCCAGGUCUGUCGAACCUGGCGGAAUAUCACCCUUGAAACUCCGUCUCUCUGGCGCGACCUCACCAUCAAAAAAACCGAUCAUAAUCCACACCUCAAAGCACAAGCCUUCGUUCUGCGGUCCGGGACAUACGGCCUGCGAAGCAUCAAUAUCGACAUGACCUUCAGCUGGGAUAAUCCUCCCAAGCACCCCAAACGUGUCUCACCGAGGAACUACGGAAAGUCUACCUUCCAGCAGAUUCUAUGCACCAUCGACCAAACCACUCGGAAACUGGGAAAGAACGUCGUGCAUAACCUCGACGUGUUACGGUACUUCUCGAAGAAUUCGUGGCACGGCUUCGACAUGGUCUAUCUCAUUCGCUUUCUCCUUCGCUCGUGGAUCCAGCCCAGCAUUGUUAAGAUCGAGACGGAGGACAAGACAGCGGAUUGGGGAUGGUACCAUGCCGUGCCAAUGCUGCCCGCCUUCAAUUCUCGCCUCGCUGAAUUCCAUCUCGACGGACGAGCCCAAGUGAUAUGGAAAUUCACGCCUUCUCCAGGAGUCGCGCCAGGAGGUUCUGAUUCGACCUGGCUCAGCUCGAAACUUAUAUCAUUGAAGAUGUCGAAUAUCGGGCCUAAGAAGAAACGAGACCCAGAUAUGUGGUGGACGUCUAGUCGAGGAGAUGACCUUGCGAACCUCGCUCAUGGGCUACAUCGCGCAGCUCUCGCUUAUCCAACAUUCACGCAGGGAUGGCGCGGAAAUGUCGAUUUACUGAACGAGCUCGUCGGACCUGGGGACGUUGAACAUCCGAGUGCCCACGUCGAUAUGAUACUCGACUCUUGGACAUCCGGCUCGAGGAGGAAUUAUGAAGCAGCUGUCGUACCAGAGGGUGAGAAGAGGUUGUUACCAGAGCUGAGGGAGCUGGUACUGGGAGUUCUCGAUCUCGAUUUUCUGAACCGGCUGGAGGUGCCGAAGUUGGAGAGACUGGUUGUUGCGACUCCGCUUUGGUUUGAUUGGAAGGGGGGACAGCUGAUGAGGGCUUGGGAGAAGCAUAUUAUUGUGUUCUUGGAGCGCGCAGGAGGAAGCUUGAGGGUCCUCGAUGUGGGUCGGCUCAAUCUCCCAGAUCACCAAUAUUUCGAACGUCUGCCCGAGUUGACGCCGAACCUGGAGGCAUUGUGCAUAAGGUACAGUACCGACUUACGCUCGAAGGAGAAGACGGACCCAAAUUUGCAAAGGUGGAUAGCUGCUGGAGAAAAGGUUCACUUGGAAGAGGGCGUUUUGGAACAACUUGGAGGCGCGUGGGUGGAAGACUAG